AUGAUAAAGGCUUCGUUCAAAGUUGCUUUCAUUUCUAUGUUGGUGCUUAGUACUUGCGUAUUAGGACUUGUAGAUGAUGUUUCAACGAAAGGAGUUGUCACUCAUGUUGGAAAACAAAUUAGAAACACCGCUAAUAAGGGGCGCCGAUGUACACGGACUGCACAUUGUAUAGGGUUCUGCCCAACCGGGAAACGUGCUUUUUGUUAUUUCGGAUAUUGCAUAUGUGUAUAG